GAAGCAGCACAGCAGAAAAGAAAGGCUGACACAAGAGAGUAAACCUUUGCCACCAUGGGGAACUGGGCUGUGAAUGAGGGGCUCUCCAUCUUCGUCAUUCUGGUAUGGCUGGGGUUGAACGUGUUCCUCUUUGUCUGGUACUACCAGGUUUAUGAUAUUCCACCUAAGUUCUUUUACACUCGAAAACUCCUUGGGCGAGCGCUGGCAUUGGCCAGGGCCCCCGCAGCCUGCCUGAAUUUCAACUGCAUGCUGAUACUGUUGCCAGUCUGUCGAAAUCUACUCUCCUUCCUCAGGGGUUCCAGUGCGUGCUGCUCAACAAGAAUUCGAAGACAACUGGACAGGAACCUCACCUUUCAUAAAAUGGUGGCAUGGAUGAUUGCACUUCAUACUGCGAUUCACACCAUUGCACAUCUAUUUAAUGUGGAGUGGUGUGUGAAUGCCCGAGUCAACAAUUCUGAUCCUUACUCAAUAGCACUUUCUGACAUUGGAGAUAAGCCUGGUGAAACUUACCUCAAUUUUGCUCGAGAGAGAAUCAAGAAUCCUGAGGGAGGCCUGUAUGUGGCUGUGACUCGGUUGGCAGGCAUUACUGGAGUUGUCAUCACACUGUGCCUCAUAUUAAUUAUCACCUCUUCCACUAAAACCAUCCGGAGGUCUUACUUUGAAGUGUUUUGGUACACACACCAUCUUUUUGUGAUCUUCUUCAUUGGUCUUGCCAUCCAUGGAGCUGAGCGAAUUGUACGUGGACAGACCUCAAAGAGUUUGCAGGAGCACAAUAUAACAAUAUGCAAAGAUAACAUCUCAGCUUGGGGAAAAAUAAAGGCGUGCCCAAUCCCUGAGUUCUCUGGGAACCCUCCUAUGACUUGGAAAUGGAUAGUGGGUCCCAUGUUCCUGUAUCUCUGUGAGAGGUUGGUACGGUUUUGGCGAUCUCAACAGAAGGUGGUCAUCACCAAGGUAGUCACUCAUCCUUUCAAAACCAUCGAGCUACAGAUGAAGAAGAAGGGAUUCAAGAUGGAGGUGGGACAAUACAUUUUUGUCAAGUGCCCCAAGGUGUCCAACCUGGAGUGGCACCCUUUCACACUGACCUCUGCCCCUGAGGAAGACUUCUUUAGCAUCCACAUCCGCAUUGUUGGGGACUGGACGGAGGGACUGUUUAAUGCUUGUGGCUGCGAUAAGCAGGAGUUUCAAGAUGCCUGGAAGCUACCUAAGAUAGCGGUUGAUGGGCCCUUUGGCACAGCCAGUGAAGAUGUGUUCAGCUAUGAGGUGGUGAUGUUAGUAGGAGCGGGGAUUGGGGUCACACCCUUUGCAUCUAUUCUCAAGUCAGUCUGGUACAAAUAUUGCAAUAACGCCACCAAUCUGAAGCUCAGAAAGAUCUACUUCUACUGGCUGUGCCGGGACACACAUGCCUUUGAGUGGUUUGCGGACUUGCUUCAGCUGCUGGAGACCCAGAUGCAGGAGAGGAACAAUGCUGAUUUCCUCAGCUAUAACAUCUACCUCACCGGCUGGGAUGAGUCACAGGCCAGUCACUUUGCUGUGCACCAUGACGAGGAGAAAGACGUCAUCACAGGCUUGAAACAAAAGACUUUGUAUGGACGGCCCAACUGGGAUAAUGAGUUCAAGACAAUUGCAAGCCAACAUCCAAAUACCAGAAUAGGAGUUUUCCUCUGCGGACCUGAAGCCUUGGCUGAAACCCUCAGUAAAAAAAGCAUCUCCAACUCUGAUUCUGGCCCACGGGGAGUGCAUUUUAUUUUCAAUAAGGAAAACUUCUAAUUGGUUUCUAUCAUGAGGAAGUAAAUGUGACUUAUGCUGCCAAGUGCCCAAAUAAGGCUAGUUGAUAAUGUAAGUUCCCCCCUUUAAAAAAAUGGAGAAAAAGAAACUCAAAUGUGAAGGUUUUCCUAAGGAAUGUCAGAUAUUUGAUAGUCAAAAUUUGCAUUUGAAUGGGGCUUUAUGGUUUUCAGAGCACUUUUACAAACAUUAUUUCAUUUUUUCCUAUCAGUCAUGCCAGAGAAAGGCAGGGCAAGUAUUCCCAGACUCAGUUUUCAGGAUUAAAAAAAAAUGGGGACUUAAAAUGGUGAAGUAACUUCCCAAAGGCUAUGAAGCUGAGAUACAUGUAGGCCAUCUGAUUCCAGGUUUGGUAGUGUUCCCACAAUACCAGGCGGCCUGGAAAUGAUCUUGUAUACUCCUCAAAAGAAGAAACCAACCAGAGAGUAUUCAUUUUCCAUUUUCUAUCAUCUUUAUUCUCUAUAUUGUCAGAGGGAAGGAAAUUUUCCAAAUAGUUAAGAUAUAUGUAUAUCUGAGAGUGAGUCAACACUUAAUAGUGACAGGAUUGACAUUUUGAGCAUACUCCAGUUUACCAAUAAACUAGUACACUUUGGUAUUGGUAAACAUACUUCAGUUUACCAAUACAUCAUAUGAAUUGUGUCAGAGGUUCUUCUUACAAAAGACUAUUAGACUAACUGGAAUUAAUGUAUUAUCUAACAUUUACAGUCAUGCUUAGCAGAGAAUGUAUACUCAAUAAAAAUUUGUUGAAUGAAUGCAUGAAAAGACAUUUAGAACCAUACAAUGCCAGGAUAGAUUUAAUUUAAAGCCUUUAACAGAAUUAUGUAAGGAAAUAACUCCUGUUAAACUUAUAAGCCAAAGGCACCUGAUGCUCCUGAGGGUAGGGAACUGGCUAAAGAUAGUAACAAAUAGGAUUCCCUGGAGAAGAGGGAGAUGCAGGCAGAGAGCUGACCUCCUACCAUAACUCUGGCUGGCUCCUCCAGUCUUGGUCUCUGUGCUAUGAAAGAAAUGCAAACUGAUUAGUACCUGAAAGGGUCUCCUCCAGUUAGCACUUGUGAAUUUACAACUAGGAAUUGUGAUAAAUAUAUUAUCUGAUAUGCCCAUCUGCUUUAAAUCAUCCCCCCUUGUUCUACUUAAAUACUCAUGCAUGAAAAUUGGAUCUUACUCUGUGACUAAUGGGUUAUUGUUUUAUCAUCAUCAUCAUCAUGAAAUUUAUAUCUUAGAAAGUAAAAUUCCCAGCUUACUGUGUAUUGAAAUCACACUCCAUAGAAUAUUCUCGAUAGAGAAUCACACUCCAUAGAAUAUUAUCUAUGUGUUCAAAAGAGAGUCUCUAAAUCACUGUCAACAUGACCAGAAACAGUCUUCUUUUUCUUAUUACUGCUCUUUUUCUUGGGGGGGGGGAACUAACAGCAGCUUUAUUGACCCAACUUCUGGAGCCACAGAUAUUUAGAAUUCUUCAACUUCAGUAAUGAGGAAGAAAGAGAAGAAACAGAGGGAAGGGCAGAAGACUGGUUUUGGAAGAAAGGGGCAGGAACGAGGAAAGAAAAUAAAGAAGAAUGAGAGAAAGCUCAAAAGGUCAAAGCUUAGCGUAGGGAAAAGGGGUCUCAUGUUGCUCAGUUUCUACCCCAGACUUAAAGUCUUGUAUAUAUUGAAUGUAACUGAAGGAGGCAUACAUUUAUUCAUUUUAUUUUGAUUACAUAUGAUAUUGAAUCUGAAUUUCUGGUCACAAAAUUUUGAUGCUGAGUGGGCAUAUUCAGAAGACUGAGAUGAACUAGUAAGAACCUAGUUUUUCUUUUGGGUUCUCACAAUGGCCAGGGCACUGACAACUCAGGCUUGCUGCUGGAUGUCACCUCCCCAAAAUGUACCUGGAAGGUUUCCACUUAGAGAAACAUAGGUCCAGCCUGUUCACACAGCAUGUCAAGUUUCAAUUCAUUCAUUUAACAAGUUUUUAUUGAGCUAUUGCAAUGACUGGGUCUGUAUUCUGAGUGUUGGUUCUUGACAUUGGGCAAAGUUGGAAGCACAGUUAUAAGGAGUCUGGGAAACUUGGCCCUCAUUAACCUAUUUUGUCAUAAAUAAAACCACUCUUUUUGUUGUUCUGAAAAUGUUUCUCCCUUUGACACCAGCAAAGGGUUCUCUCCCUUUGACACCAAUAUGGCUACCAAAAUAAAUAGAUCUAUUCUGUGUCAUCCUGGUUAUAAUAUGAAAAAAAAAAUGAGUGUAAAAGUGCUUGCCAUUUUGAGAACUUCCUUCUUCAUGCUUCUUCCAAACUGCUAGCACAGCUUUUUUAGCAUUUAGAGUUUAGCAUUUAGUAACAAGAACUGAGAGAAUUGAGUAAGCAUUUGUUUUAAUCGCAAGGCUCUAAAGGCUUUUCUUAGUUCUCCUGCUUUUGCAAUAUUGCGUUUAUGAAAUUUGAAUACUUGUAGGUGUGGCAUGUAAAUGUCCUGGGGGUCCCUGAGAGAUAAUUCUCAGGAGGAACUAUGAAACCUGUGUUCA